AUGUCUCUCACAAUCCCACAACCCUCUCAGCAGGGUCUAUUCAAGCAAGGGUACAACAGCUAUGACGCCGAGGAUGGCGCAGUCAUCCGCAACAUCGAUGCGUGUCGGACAAUUGCGCAGACGGUGCAGACCUCGCUAGGACCCUAUGGCAGGAACAAGAUUGUCAUCAACCAUCUUCAGAAGAUGAUCCUCACCUCCGACGCUGCCACCAUAUUACGAGAAUUGGAAGUUGUACACCCCGCCGCAAAACUGCUGGUCAUGGCCAGCCAACAGCAAGAGGCGGAAAUGGGUGAUGCCACCAAUAUGGUCAUUGUACUGGCGGGUGAGCUGUUAAAGAAGGCGGAAGAGCUCAUUCGUAUGGGCCUGAAGACUAGUGACAUUGUUUCGGGUUAUGAAAAGGCUCAAAACUAUGCCCUCAAAUGCCUGGAAGCCCUCGAGGUUGACAGCGUUGCGGACCUUCGAUCGCCCAAUGAGCUCUCCAAAGCCCUGCGCACUGUGGUCGCCUCCAAGCAGUCCGGCUCCGAAGACGUCUUAUCACCUCUCAUCGCUGAAGCUGUUCAAGCUGUCCUGCCCAAAGACCCCCGCGCCUUCAACAUCGACAAUAUCCGCGUCGUGAAGAUCAUGGGUGGCGACUUGACGCAGUCGCGUGUUGUGAAGGGCAUGGUGUUCGGUCGCGAGCCGGACGGCGUUGUCAAGAAGGCGAAGAAGGCCAAGGUAGCUGUUUUCUCGUCUCCACUUGACAUUUCUCAAACCGAGACCAAGGGCACUGUCCUGCUGAAGAACGCCCAAGAGAUGAUGGAUUUCUCGAAAGGAGAGGAGGAACAGCUCGAGACUGCCAUGAAAGAAAUCUACGACACGGGCGUCCGUGUGAUCAUCGCCGGCUCUACGGUCGGUGAGCUGGCAUUACACUAUUUGAACAAGAUGGGCAUUCUUGUGAUCAAGAUCAUGUCCAAAUUCGAGCUUCGCCGCCUCUGCCGAGUCUGCAACGCCACCCCCCUUGCCCGACUCGGAGCACCUAUGCCUGAUGAGAUGGGCUCUAUCGACAUUGUUGAAACUAUUGAAAUUGGGGGCGACCGUGUUACCGUUUUCCGUCAAGAAGCAGAUACCUCUCUCACACGAACCGCCACUCUCGUGCUCCGCGGUGCUACGCAAAAUCAUCUUGAUGACGUGGAGAGAGCCAUCGACGAUGGUGUCAAUGUCAUAAAGGCCGUAACUAAAGACCCGCGCCUUGUUCCCGGCGCUGGCGCAACAGAAAUGCAGCUCGUCGAACGCCUGACGGCCUUUGCCGACAAGACACCCGGCCUGGCACAGUACGCUAUCCGAAAGUACGCCGAGGCCUUCGAGGUCAUCCCCCGAACUCUUGCCGAGUCUGCUGGUCUCGAUGCCACCGAGAUCCUAGCACGGUUGUAUACCGCCCAUCAGCGCAAAUCAAAGUCUAACUCAGAGUCUGAUGAAGAGGAGGAGGAUGACUCAGAAGAGAGCGAGGAACAAUCAUCAGAGGAGGACUCACCGUACUGGACCACAGGCGUCGAUCUCGACGCAUCUACAACGGAGAAAGGUGUGUUGGAUGCAGUCGAGGCAGAGAUUCUUGACUUGAUGGUCAGCAAGAGCUGGGCGAUCCGGUUGGCAACAGAGAGCGCGCGAACGGUGCUGAGCGUGGAUCAGAUCAUUGUGGCGCGGCAAGCUGGUGGGCCGAAGCCACCGGGUCAGAACCCGAACUGGGACGAGGACUGA